GGGCCGUCUGUGUUUAUAUCGCUGUCCGGCUGAAGUCGGCAUCGGCUCAACUGACUGACUCUAGUUGCGAGCCGCUGCCGCUGCAGCUGCUCCUGGCUGGCUGGCUGUUGGCUGAGUAGCGUGUAGAGAGGUCUGUGUGUCUGCCUCGGCGAUCAGCUCCUGUGGUCGUCGCCGCGUUACAGAAGUAGUGGUGCCAUACACGUUUCGUUUGACGUCAAAUUCAGCCGAACGGCAGAGUUCUAGCUGGUUGUGCACGUGCGUGCUCAUGUUACUGCUGCUUAGAGAUACUUAUAGCAUUAUAGAUUUAAUAGUGUGAAGAUUGCGUGUAUGAGUCCGCGGCGGAGAAGAAGAAGAAGACGACGACGACGACGACACCGACGUGGUGGUGUGCUACCGGGGGUGUGCUUGUAUUAGAUUCAAUUGACCUGGGUCGAGAAGAGAUGAGUGCGUGUUGUGCAGUGCAUAUCUAUCAGUAGGAUACGACUACGCCGCAGGAGAGAGAAAUCGGUUAGCUACCACGGCUUUUGCAAUUGCUGCUAUAACUAAACCAUACCGGCAGUACAAGAGAAGCUACUGCUGCGGCAGUAUCUAUAAUUUCCACCACUGUGUUUAACUGUGUGUGUGUAUGUGUGUACAGGUAGCCUAUAUUGGCUUUAUUAGCUCGUCCACUGUCAGCUAGGAUUAAAUCACAAAAAAAAACCAUUAACACUACCGAACAAAAGCAAACAUUUACUGCGAAAAGUAUUCAACUCCUUUUUAAAGACAAACCAAGAAGGACGAACAAACUGGCCAGUCAAUCGACCGACCGACCGACCGACCGACAGAUACUCAAUAGUGAGCGACUGGGGUCCAUCGUAUCGAAGGAAAAUAUCCGUGCGAUCCAGAGAUCGGUAGCCUUGUUGAGCUCUGUACAACAGAUUUUCUGUGUGUGCCCCUUCCUGUCUAUCGUUAUCAGCGUCGCUUCCUCACGUUCACCAAAAGGUUAGUGGAGGGGACGCCAGUUGGCCGCAAUGACAUCGGGCUGACGGGCUGACACGCACGGUAGAGGUUCCCACUGUAACUUCUCCCGGCGCGUGCAAACGACCCCAUAAAAUGCUCGAAAAAAUGUAACCCGUUUUGGUGGAGGUCAACUAAGACCGAAUGCUACCGAACGCUAAUGACAAUCCUGUCAACGUCUAUACGGUAGUCCGCCGGUGCCUCCACCAUUAAGAAACAAACAACUGCUUGUAUUUUGGUGCUGUGUAUAUGUGUGACUGGCCCUAAUCUUCGAUCUAGUUGGUUGCCUAACCUUCCUGACACCGUCCUUUGCUGCUGGUUCCUGACAGCUCCGUCGGUGCUCUUUUAAAAACGAUGGUAGCUCCGUGUGGAGCAGGACUUGACAGAUCUGCGUCAGUACAUAAGUCCUGCGAUUCGGAAGAUGCGGAAGCCGAGGUCGUGAAUGCAUUCAGCUCGUCAACUGGAGCGUCAACGAUUGUUAGUUCGACCAGCAGAGGUGGCACGGUGAUGGCGUUGGGUGAGACUGUAACAGAUACCGAGGAUGAAGCUGAGAGCGGAGUCGUCUCAGGCGGAACAGCCUCAACGAAAAAACCCGCUAAACGAGGCGAAGCUCAUGGAAGGCGACGCAAUGCAGAUGGCACCACAAAGGUCGGCCCUUGUAGGGGGACAGAUAGUAUUGACAGCGGUCAUGGCGGAGCUACCCCCGUGUCGACAACAAGUUGUUCCCCAACGAUGGGCAGUAGCAGCAGCGGACCGGCGUCUGCAUGUUCUGGUCCGCCGGAACGAUCCAUGUCUUGGACGGACGAGGAAGAACAUACAGUUCCACCAAGCGCCCCGAGCACAAAGGACCUGAUGGUCAUCACAGAUUCAGGUACAACCCGCAUUCAGACAAGUAAAAGUGCACAAGAGCAAAACGUUAUCGAGACCAUGGCGUCACAACACGUGGCUCGACAACGACGGCUAGAGGACAAUGAAGACUCAGAAAUGGAGGAUAUCGAGGAGACAGGCAUUACGGCAGACGACGAGCCUGAGAUAGUUCUGUCGAGUCAUCACGGACUUCCAACGACCGUAGAUGGCAAUCGUAGUGGUGAAGAACGCCGUCGACACAGCGAUGAGCAUGAUGACGCUGAUGAAGAUGUUGAUGAAGGACACGAAGUAGGCGAAGAUGAAGACGAUGACAGCAAACCCUUAUCGCUGACAGUGGCGAAUAAAGGACGCCCCAAUAAACUUAGGGGACCGAGAGAAACCAGCGUCAACAAUAACAGUGGAGCAGUUUCAUCAAGCAGUAGUAAUGAAAUGCCAGCUCCUGUGGCUCUAACUAGUGCUGGUGCCGUAUCGAAUGGAGGCAACCGUAAUGGGGCAGGAGGUCAAAUGAAACACCGGGGCAGUCCUAGACCAACAUCAAGCUCAUCAUCUCGUUCUUCGUGUUACAGCCCCUCACAAAGUCCUUUGAUGCAGCGUACAACAACGCCAAUGUAUGCAAGCGGCGGUGGAUCAAGUGGAGGAGGCUCCCUAGGAGCGGGGGCCAGCUCCUCAACAUACUCCCCAUCGAGUAGCCCCGGCGUACACCCACUACGCCAGCUAAGCAUGAACUCGGCAGCCUCUUCCGAAAAGGUCGAACGACCCGCCGGCAUGGACGCCGGACACGGAACGAACGAUGGCCGAACUCCAGCGUCUGCAUCUGCUGUGUCGAUUCUGGAAACUAAUCCUCCAACGUCAGCGCACCUCUUUACAAUGGGCGAUUUUGCAGCUGCAGCGAUAAAAGUCGCCCAGGCACAAGGCGUGAUGCUUGCCAGCGGUGGGACAAUCUCAUCCACAGUUUUGUCCCAUUCCGAUGAAAGCAAUGACUACGGCCCGCAGGUAGGAGGUCCUGGAACAGGCUCAGAACUAGAUGGAGCUUUUCCAUCAGCACUAUUUUCAGCUGCAGGUGGAUUCAGUCGACAGCAGCUCCUCUCAGGGCCAUGUCCGAUAUGUGGAGACCGGAUCUCCGGAUUCCACUAUGGCAUAUUUUCCUGUGAGUCAUGCAAAGGCUUCUUCAAGCGCACCGUUCAAAACAAAAAACAUUACGUAUGUCUUCGUGGCGCCAACUGUAUGGUGCAGGUGGCUACCCGAAAGAAAUGCCCAGCUUGUCGCUUUGACAAGUGUCUCAAGAUGGGCAUGAAACUUGAAGCUAUUCGCGAGGAUCGGACCCGUGGCGGGCGCUCGACCUACCAGUGUUCCUAUGGUGGAACUGGAUUUCCUUCGCUUCCGCCAACGACGCCCCCUCACGCAACUGGAACCAGCAGCGGUGGCGGAGGUAUGACAACGCCGCCAUCAAUCAGAGACUCCCAUUUCAGAGGAGAUAGUAAUCGAGGCGAAACUGGAGCCAAUAACAAUAGUGGAAUAGGCGGUCAUGGCCGCGAAUCAGCUGGACCAACGCCGCCGCCAGCCUCGGGCUCAGCACACGACUCACUGCCGCGUGAUAUUCAUGGCCAUCUGAGAGUUGGUGCAGAAGCGCACCUUGAACCUAUCGCUCUCGUGCACAAAACUAACAACAGCGUAAAAAUUCCACGCACCUCAUCAUCAUCAGUGAUCACAUCCUCGGAGCCCCGUGUCGCCUCAGCUCUUAAACACGCACCCUCACCGCAUAGUGCCCCCACCGGAGCUUUAGCAGGUUUAGCAAGUUCAAGCGGCCUAGGCCCACUAGGUGCCGUUGUAGAUCCGACACUUGGGUAUCCUCCAGCGCUUGUUACUUCGCUUCUCAUGCAUCCGAAUGGACACCAUCAGCUGGCAGCUAUGGACGCGACAGCUUCAGCUGUAGCCGUACAAUCUGUAGCCGCACAUGCGGGAGGGACAAGUGGGAGCGUGCCGUCAUCCCACGGUGUCGGCGUCAGCGGACGCAGAGGUGCUCCUUCACCUAUGCCGGUCAGUGAAACACACCACGCGCAGCACCCGCGACAUGUGGGUGGACCGCCGACGGCUAUGGACACGUUGGAAAGAGAAAGUAACGGACUAGGGGGUUAUCAAAACGGUAACGCGGUCACACAUCGGUUAAAUAGCAGCGCGACAACGUUAGCUAUAACGACAACGCCGCCUGGCGUAACAACAGCUGCUAGCAGACGGCGGGGUUCUGACACUGUACCUUCUGACGAUGUCAGUGCAAAUGACCAGGUGUCUUCUGGAGGCAGUGCUGGUAUCCCACAACUGAUUCAGGACAUUCUCUCCGUGGAACAUUUGUGGCAUAACUCGGAGAGGAGCACUAACCCUGGAGAUGGUGGACAUAGUGGCCAGAGUACCACACGAGAUCUUCAUCGCGAGAAGGAAAAUCAUUAUCAGCCUAUUCAUAGCAAUAGCGAGAUGGAUGAAGUUGAAAAUCAGCCAUAUCAAACGCACCACGCUUUGAUAAGCAAGCACGAGAGACGUCUUCAACACGGAAGCAACGCCGUUGGCAACAACGGCGACGGAAUGCGAGACGAAAUGGAGCUAGGUGAGGAGGCCAUGGAGGCCACUGACGACCCCCCGUCAGCAGGAUCAGGCCAGAACGGUGGCGCGGGGGCGGCCAACGAUCUGCUGAGCUCAUUGUGCAAUAUCGCCGACCAUCGGCUGUACAAGAUUGUCAAGUGGUGCAAAAGCCUUCCUCUAUUCCGCGACAUCGCAGUUGACGACCAGAUCGCCCUGCUGAUCAAUUCGUGGUGUGAGCUACUGCUGCUCGCCUGCUGCUUCCGGUCUAUGGCAACCACAACUGGUUCUCACGGAAAUCGCCCUGCGGAGUUGAAGGUGGGCCGCGGUCGCUCCGUGUCGUUGGCACAGGCACGACAGUGCGGGAUGGGCCCCGUCGUGGAACGCAUGCUCAACCUGACUGAUUUAUUGAGGAGACUAAAGGUUGACCACUGCGAGUUCGUCUGCCUUAAGGUCAUAGUCCUGCUCACAUCAGAUGCAUCGGGAUUGCAAGACGCAGAGCAGGUUACGGCUGCGAAACGACGAGUUUUAGAAGCACUGCAAGCCUACACAGCCGCGCAUUCGCCUGCUGAGCCAGCAAAGUUUGGCGAGCUCCUUCUAGCUAUACCCCAACUCGAGCGGGCGUGCCAACUGAGCAAAGAAAGUCUCGCAGCCUCUCGCCAACAGGCUGCAAAAAGUCGAGGAGACGCGCCAGCACCUGGAUUCAACCUCCUCAUGGAACUGCUUCGAGGAGACCAUUAACCCCAUUCGAAACAAAUCUCGGCUACAGGACAAUGUAAAUCUAUCACGAAGGACAACAAACAACAUGUUUAUUGUAAUAUAACGCUAUCUGAGCUGAAUGCAAUGAAAUUAGAUAACAUGGAACGAUUUUGCCGUCGGAAAUUUUUAGCCAGAUGCUCACAAAAUAUUGCCGAAAGGCUAGUGCGCCGAACACAUUACUAUAGUAGUUCAUUUUCAGCUGUUCGGAGCUAUCCUGGACGAAAGUCUAGGACCGAUUGUUAUUCUGAUAACAUGAAUGGAUACACUAAUUUAUUUAUUAAAGAGUUAGUAUUAGCGUAGGACACUACGUAGACCUCAUAUGGCCGGAUUUCUUUAGGUGAACAGGCGAAAGAUAGGAACACGGUAAGAGCCAUAGGUUGAUUCGUAGUAGAAGUCAACAAUUUUGGUAAAGUUUCGCAGGUCAGGGGUGGCGUCAUAAGCCCCCCUACCGGACUCCAUAUCAGACAACAUGUUAAAAACGUCUCGAAUUAAGAAUAAUUUAAAUAAGGAGCCUUUUCAACCAAGAUCGGCAUUGACCACUACUACUAGUCUGAAGGAAAUUGCGAAUUGCGUUGAUACGGGCCUAGCAAAUGUGCAAUUUUAAUAGAAUAGUUCGUUGCAGUUCCGAAUGGUAAGAAAUAGGUUUGUCUAUAAUUAGAGGUGGCUUUUGAAACAAUCGAUGUCGAGCUGGGUUGACGUAGGGUUGUGAAUGGAUCGUGCAAGACGUAAGACGCAAGCAGUGAACUUCUCAUUCAGACUAUUGAAUUGAGAUUGAAUUCUCUAGAUGUAAACAGCCUGACAGACAAGCAGGAGGAUGUUUCGUCUCAUCGUUGCCGACGUGAGCUUGCCUAUAUGGGAUCGGUCAGUCACCGCGGAAAGAACAUUAAUCUUAGCAAGCGAUACGUGCAGUACAUUUAGAAAACAAAGGCCAAAAAUGAACGCGACCGCAUGGAGAACCCGUUAGGUGCAGCCCACGAUGCAAGGAAACUGUUAGGCACACAGAACCGGUUCGUGAUUGCCUACCUAAGACAUGGUGUCUAGAUAAUGAUAAAGCGCAAUUACUGGAUAGAACAACAGGAUAAACACUAUUUUCGCUGACAGAGAAUUAACACAGCUGGGGGUACUAGUUUACGAAAAAGAUCAUAUGGUAACUGUAGUAGGAAUACGCUAUAAUGUAUUCAUGGUGGCUAUCGCUUGUGGUGGGCCCGUGUCUAACUUACUGCUAGUCGGAGUGCAAUCAAAUAGUAAACGAUAUAUACGUCCUUCAGGGCACAUACAAAUCGAAAGUAUAUAUAUAUAUAUACGAUAUUAUGUUCAUACAAGUAUCUUUGCAAUUAUUAUUAUUAU